CCUUUGUAGAUUGAUAAUUGAUUUGUAUUUGGAUUUAUAAUCUAGGCCUAGGGUUCUCAAUUCUAGGGUUUUGUUUUCAUAUUGUAUCAUUAAUUGAUGAUUGGGUUUUAAUUUUAUUCAUCCAGAUAAGAUGAUUUAUGUGCACGUGUCCGAAACCGAUUGCGGUUCUAACUCUCAGAUCAACAAGCUCAUGGAACCACAUAUUAUCUACAAAGCAAAGGUUGAUAUAUCAGGAGUUCCUAGGAUAUUUUGUAGCUUAGAUGGCGGGGGUGGUGUGUACAAGUAUCCCGAAGAUGAUGAUGAACUUCUAAGCUUGUGUUCGAACCGAUCAUCACCGAGAAUGCGUUGGAUUGGUGGCAAGUUCGAUCAAACCGAGAUUUAUCAUGUGGUAGUGGAAGCUGAAAGUGGUAAAGUGGAGGACUUUCUUAAAGUGCUGAAAGGAAUUGGGUGUGAAAGCAUGUUCAUCGCCUGUUCUGUGGAACGGGCCAAUCGUUUCUUUGCUGAGUUGAACGAGGAUAAUGCUACAAGGCUCAGAGAUUCUAGUGGAAUUAGCGAUGUAUAUUCGCGUGAUGAACUUAUUGAAGAUGAUUAAGAGGACUUCUGGUUUUUAAUUUAAAGAAAGCAUUUGUUCCUGAAUGCAGCAUUUUAUGAGGGUAGAAGCCAAAUUUCCUUUACUUUAUAUAAAAGAGUGUUUUGUUACCUAAAUCAGCAAUAUGGUUGAUGAACUAAUAUCUAUGCCCGAGGUGCAUUGAUUUAUCUGAUAAAUUGAGUAUACGAUCUUUAGCUAAAUGAAUGCAAGAUAGUGGAAGCUGUCGUUUUAUGUUAAAA